AUGGAUGAGUUUUAUGUAGCUGCCCUAGAAAAUCUCGAACGACAAGAAAAUGCUCUAAAUUAUAGAAAAUUAAAUCACAAAGAAAGGUUUGAUGCUUUUUUAUUGCCAGACGAUGUUUUUAUUAAAAAUUAUAGACUCAAUAAAAAUUUAGUGAGAUAUGUUAUAAACAUUCUUACUCCAUUUCUGAUUGAACCGAUAAGAAAAUCUGCUUUAGAUAUACAAACUAAAGUAUUUAUAGCUUUAAAUUUUUUUGCGACCGGUUCUUACCAACAUCCCGUUGGAAAUAGUCAUUUAACAUUUGUUUCCCAGCUAUCUGUUUCGAGAGCAAUUGAUGAAGUAGUAAAAGCUAUGAAUCAACCAGAAAUAUUUAAUUACUGGGUAAAAUUUCCAUCAACAUACGACGAAUUACGACAAACAAGAGAAAAGUUUAAUACUAAAUUUAGUUUUCCGGGAAUAGUGGGCAUUAUUGAUUGUACCCAUGUUGGAAUAUUUCCCCCCAAAAAGGAUGAUCCAGAUCAUCCUGAAUAUAUAUAUGUAAAUAGAAAAAACUACCACAGCAUUAAUGUCCAGCUAGUAUGCGAUUCGGAUAUGAGAAUAAUUAAUGUUUCAGCAUUAUUUCCAGGGAGUGUGAAUGACGCCUACAUUUGGAACAAUAGUCAACUAGAACCUAUUCUUAGAGAAAUUAAUAACCAUUACCCUGAAGGAUUCUAUCUUUUAGGAGAUUCCGGUUACUCCUUGAGACCUUGGCUUAUGACACCCUUAGCGCAAUAUCAACCUAAUACACCCGAAGAAAGAUACAAUCACAGAUUUAAAUAUGUUAGAAGUUUGAUUGAAAGGUGUAUUGGUCUUUUGAAAAUGCGUUUUAGGUGUUUGUUGAAACAUAGAAUUUUGCAUUAUUCACCAGUAAAAGCAUGUAAAAUAGUUAACGCUUGCACUAUUUUACAUAAUAUAUGUAUCCAAAAUAAUAUACAAUUUCAACAAGAUGAUGAAAUUGAAGAAGUGGAAGAAAUCGACUUAGAAAUGUUUGAAGCAGUAGACAAUGAAAUAGGAAAUAGACAAGGAAUAAAUGAAGAGUUAUUAGCUGGUAGAAGAAUGCAGCGCCGUGUCAUAAGAUAUAUUUCAUAUGAAUGA